GCGCUCUCUCUCGUCUUCCCUCUUGUGUGCUGCUCCGGGAACUAAUUGAGUGUGUGGGGAGCGCUAGGGCUUGCGAAGCAGGGGACAUCAUCAUCGCAGCCAAUUGUGUGUUCUGUUGUGGUUCUAGAGGUGGGGAUCCAUCAUCGGCGGUCGCAGAUUGUUGCGUGCGUCCGCGUCCGAGCUCGGGGGUUUUGGAUCGGCACACCAUGAAGAUCUCCGUGAAGACUCUGAAGGGGAACCACUUUGAUCUGCACGUCGCGGAAGACGAGCUGGUCAGCUCCGUGAAGAGGAAGAUAGAAGAGUUGCAAGGAAAGGAUGCCUUCCCUUGCGCGCAGCAACUUCUCAUUCAUCAAGGGAAAGUUCUGAAAGACGAGACAACCAUGGCUGAUAACAAGGUGGCAGAGAAUGGCUUCCUCGUUGUGAUGUUGACAAAGGUAAGGCUUCGUUGCUGGCGUGGGGAGCCAGGGGCAGAAGGAAUUGUGAUGCGCAAGCGGAUUGCACGAUGUCGGAAUUGUGAAUCAGCGCGGUAUUGUGUAGUUGAGGCGCGGCUGAAUUGGGUCCAUAUUUGGAAGCGAUUUGCAGGGAGUAGUGGCGCGUGGAGGUUUUCCGGUGACCAGGCUCCUGCAGCACCCGCUCCAGCUCCAGCUCCAGCUCCUGCAUCAACGUCCACGCCAGCGCCAGCGGCACCUGCUCCGGCUCCGGCUGCGGUGGCAGCAACCCCGGGUGCAGGAGCUCCAGCAGGCACGGGAGAUGGAUAUGGUCAGGCUGCAUCAAACCUUGUCGCAGGGUCUGCUCUUGAGUCAACAGUGCAGCAAAUUAUGGACAUGGGGGGAGGAACGUGGGAUCGCGACACUGUUCUACGCGCAUUGCGAGCUGCUUUCAACAACCCCGAGAGAGCCGUGGAGUAUCUUUACUCUGGGAUACCUGAAGCUGCGGAAGUUCCAGCUCCUGUAGCGCGCGGUCCUCCUGCGGGCGGAGCACCUGUCGCGGCGGCGCCAGCAGGCCCUGGUGCCGCAGGCGCAGCGGCAGUAGCAGCGAAUCCUCAAGGACCAAAUGCCGCCCCUCUGGAUCUGUUUCCUCAGGGCAUGCCGGGCGCAGGCGGAGGAGGUGCUGGGUUAGGAGCAUUGGAUUUUCUGCGGAACAACCCACAGGUUCUUUCUCUCGAGACCUAUGAACUUGGAUGUGUAUGGUGGGGGUUUUGUAACGCGCUCGUUCCUCUUCUCAAUGCCUGUUCUAGAGAGAGGUAUAGCAGAGGAAGAGAGCAAUCAGGGUGUGCCAGGUGGAGGAGGGCAUCACCAACUCCCCUCACAAGGGAAGGGAAGGGAGAGAAAGGGAGAAAGGAGGGCACUCAGCCAGCCAGCCAGCCACACCAGGGCCAGGAGCAGGCUGGGGCCGGGACUGGGACUGGCAAAAAGUAA